CCGGUUGCUUGGCAACCAAAGAGGCCUGAAACUCAACAGCGCAGUUCGGUUUAGCAGAGAAGCUUUGUCAUAUUUGUGCUGAAAACUCAACACAAUGUCAGACGUAGGAUCCGAAGAAUUUGAAGAGCAGGGACCUUAUUUAGGGGAGUAUGAAGGGGAACGCAAUGAAGCUGGUGAGAGACAUGGACAUGGAAAGGCAGUGCUGCCUAAUGGCGAUACCUACGAGGGACAGUAUAAAAAUGGCAAAAGGAAUGGACAGGGGACGUACAGAUUUAAAAACGGAGCCCGUUACAUUGGAGAGUACUACAUGAACAAGAAACAUGGUCAAGGCACAUUCUACUACCCAGAUGGAUCCAAAUACGAAGGUGGCUGGGUAGAUGAUCAGAGGUUCGGACAUGGAGUUUACACUUAUAUAAAUAACGACAUGUAUGACGGGGAAUGGAUGAACCAUCAAAGGCAUGGACAAGGUGUGUACACAUAUGCCAAAACAGGCUCUACAUACGUGGGCAGCUGGAGACAAGGGAAACAGGAGGCAGCUGGAGAACUGAUCCACGCCAACCACAGAUACCAAGGAAACUUUCUUAACAACAAUCCUUUGGGGCCUGGAAAAUAUGUUUUUGAUAUCGGCUGUGAACAGCAUGGGAAGUAUGUACAUACAGAGCAGGACAAGGUUGAAGGUGAGGAAGAGGAACCACUUGUUGUCCCUGUUCUCAAGUGGAAAGCAGAGAAAGUUACAGAAAUGACACUCUGGGCCCCAGUUGCCAAACAGGACAAGAAAGAGGAUCCGCUAGUUAAAGAAGUAACUGUAGAAGUACAGGAAAAAGAGGCUGUGCUCCCUGUGAACAAGGAAGCUGCAGAUGUGAAUGAGGUGGAAGCAGAGGUGAAAAGGGAGGCUGAUGAAGUCUUCUCUGCAGUGGUGGAAGAGAAGGAGGAAUAACUGCAGACACGACUAUUUCUGUUACAUUUUUUACAGUGAGCAUCCUUUAAUGAUCCAUUGCUGGGCCCUUAACAAGAGUGUAUUUGCUUAUGUAGAAAUCUAAAUAAACAUAAAAGAUACAAUACAGGUAAACCAUUACAUUUUCUGACCAAGUGUGUAUAUUUUAAGCAUUCUCUUCUACUGCAUGUACCACAUACAUCCACACUGAAGAAAAGGGUUGCAAUACUUGAAAAGAAUCACUUGUACAGUUAACAAUCAGUAUUAUUUAAAAGUCACACUCUCCAUAAAAUAAAGAACACUUAAAUUUCAAAAGACAAUAUAAAAUAGUCUGUGUGUCGCCUACUACACAAAACCUGUAUUAGUGGUCAGCUGAAUAAAGUGUUACACAAAAGGACCCUAUUAAUUGGAGCACAGGAAGUUAAUCUCUUGUGUGGUGGCAGGAUAAAUGCUUGUCGACAAAGUGAAACUAAAGCCUGAAAAAAACUACAACAGCUAAGUAAGGCACUUGUGAGAAAUGCUAAUGAAUCUGAAAAACUUUUUUUUUUUUUUUUAAAGCCAUGAUUAUCAUUACCUCUUCAUGUCUAUUACAUACAUUGUAACGUUAUCAUACAGAAAUGUACUCAGAGUUGGUGUUCUUGACCAGAAUUUGGACUAAAAGAUUCAAAAGUUGGACUGCUAGACAGACAUUUAUAUCCAUGCAAUAACAAAUAACAAGAUUAAUCCACUAUGUUACAAUAUUUCAUAAGAUGAUAACGUCUUCUACCACAUGAAAAGGCUACAGCAUGUUAAAUUUGAACAUAAAAAAGUUUACAAACGAGAGGAGGCCAUUCGGCCCAUCUUGCUCGUUUGGUUGUUAGUAGCUUAUUGU